ACUUGACCAACGGUCGCGGGAAGACCUCCACACCUUUGAUAGGAGGAUACUGCCGUUGGAUUGCAUUCAGUGAGUAUUUGAAGUGUUAUAUUUGGGUGUGUGAUCUGGAACGUCAAGAAUUGCCGUGCAGCCAUUUUUCCCCCAAAUAAUUGACUUUUACUUAUCAAUUUGCUGCUGGCUAAACCUAGCUCACAAGCGAGUCGCUAACUAGCUUGCGUGGAAUUUAGAAUUAGCCAUAAUGAGCUACAGUUGCCGUCGACAUGGAACUCCAUCUCCAAAUGUUCGACCUAUUCGUCAAAAGUUACAGUUUGAGCCACUGAGUGACGGAGAGGAGGACCCCGGCGUAGAGGAUGGAAAUAACAGCACUGGAGCGGAGUCUGGCUUUACGGAACUUGACUCGCCAAUGCAUCAGCGGCGUGAAUCCACCGCAAAACUUGUCGACGGCAGCAGCCCUUUGAAUCGGACUAGAGAAGAGGAUGAUGUGGAACUUUGGGACGAAGAAGGAUUUGAUUCCCCGUCACAUCUACGUUCCCCAAGUCUCUCAAUUUUAAUGAAAGGCUCCCCGUCUCCACGGAAAAAUUCUCGCCUGCAUGGUAGUUCACCAGACCGGCCGUUUAAUCAGGACGAUAGCUCUUCACCUAUCCCAGACUGUCCGGACACACCCCCGCACAAAACUUUUAGAAAACUUCGCCUUUUUGAUACGCCACACACACCAAAGAGCUUGCUAUCUAGAGCCAGAGACUGCAGCUCAGGAUCCUCAAACAGGAGGGUAGCCCUGUUUAAGAAUGCAGAUGCCACAGGAAAAUCUGGUUUGGACAGCAGCGGUAGCAGUAAGAGAUGUCGGACUCCCAUGGUCAACUUCAACCCUUUUACCCCGGAUUCCCUCGAUAUCCAAUCUGCCACCCUUCAAAAAAAGACCAGGAAGAGGGCCCACUGGAAUGACUCCUGUGGUGAGGACAUGGAAGCAAGUGAUGCUGAAAUUGAGGAAGAAAUCUUACGCCCUCCUAAGAGAAUUACAAUGAUGGAGAGCAACAUGAUGUCCAGGUAUGCCUCAGAGUUCCACGAGCUGGAGAAGAUAGGCAGCGGGGAGUUUGGCGCUGUCUUCAAGUGUAUCAAAAGGCUGGACGGUUGCAUCUAUGCCAUUAAGCGGUCAAAGAAGCCUCUAGCUGGAUCUGUAGAUGAGCAGAACGCUCUCCGCGAGGUGUAUGCUCACGCUGUGCUAGGCCAGCACCCCCACGUGGUGCGGUACUACUCGGCAUGGGCAGAGGACGACCACAUGCUCAUCCAGAAUGAGUACUGCAACGGCGGCACCCUGUCCGACGUCAUCACAGAGAACGACAAGCGUCUCUGUUUCCUGACAGAGCUGGAGCUGAAGGACCUGCUGCUGCAGGUGACGCGCGGCCUGAAGUACAUCCACUCCACCCUGCUGGUGCACAUGGACAUCAAACCCAGCAACAUCUUCAUCUCGCGCAAGACCAUUGCCAGUGUUGAUGAGUGUGAAGAAGACGAUAAUGGGGAUGGAUUGACCACCAGUGUUGUGUAUAAAAUAGGUGACCUUGGUCAUGUGACGAGGGUGAACAAUCCUCAAGUGGAAGAAGGUGACAGCAGGUUCUUGGCAAAUGAGGUCCUUCAAGAGAACUACAGUAACUUGAUGAAGGCAGACAUAUUUGCUUUAGCCCUGACUGUGAUCAGUGCCUCAGGGGUGGAGCCUCUACCCACCAAUGGGGACAAAUGGCACGAGAUCCGCAAGGGGAAACUGCCUCCCAUCUUACAAUCACUGUCUAAAGACUUCCUGGAUCUGCUCAAACUGAUGAUCCAUCCUGACCCUGUGAGACGGCCGUCCGCUUCUGAUCUCAUCAAACACCCGGUGCUUUUGACCGCCGCCAGGAUGAGCGCUGACCAACUGCGAGUAGAACUCAAUGCUGAGAAGUUCAAGAAUGCCCUGCUUCAGAAGGAGCUGAAGAAGGCCCAGAUGGCCAAAGCUGUUGCUGAGGAGAAGUUUCUGUCCACAGACAGGGUUCUGACACGGUCAACAGUCCAACACAAUCCCAGACCCUCCAGGCUUAUUGGCAAGAAGAUGAACCGGUCGGUCAGUUUGACCAUUUAUUGAGAAUGACUCAAUACAAAAUCAUUCAUGCCCUCCUAAGUAAGGUGCUGGUCCAUCCUAUGGCGCUGGAUCAUGGACUAAAGAUAUCAAUGGUAUCCCUGGAGUAUAUUUUUAGAUACAAGGAACACAGAUUUCUCCUUAAGAUUGAGAAAUCUUGCCCAUUGUCACGGAGAACAUCCUUUGUCAGACCUGCAGUGGGUUAUGAGUCAAUGCUCCAGACUUGGUCAAAGGUAUCAAGUAAGAAUGACCUCUUCAACUUGACCAAGUGUACUGGACAUGUCUCAAGACAAGUCUAGCCAUUCCCGACAGAGAUGCUGUAACUUUGUCAGUCCUAAAGUCACAUAGACUCAAGGUUGGAAGGUUCUCCUGUCUUUCCGCCCUUUUUCUGUGAAGCCUAAACUUGCUCUUCAACAAAGUGGACCACAGCAAAAGCCUUUUCCUUGGCUGCUUCUGUCACAUGCCUGGUGCCACAAGCUGGAGGCAAUCAUUGUGGAGUCAAACAAGGAGAACCUGCUGCUAUUCAUGUUUGUCUGUUCAGUAGAGGUUGGUGGAUUUGUUCAUUUCCAACUGCUGCGAGUUGAAAUCCUUGGCUCUUAAGACAAUGUUUCCUUUUGGAAUCCUAAUAUGCAUUUGUAUAUUUUGUUAUCUUCUAAACUGAUAUCUAUUUGAAAUGGUGAAUAGAUCAUGUAAACAAUUCUUAGUUCCGGUCUAAUGAAAUGAUAAAGCAUUUGUUGGCAACACUUCAACUAGUGAAUAUUGUUCAGGUUUGGUUCAAUUAGAGGCGCUGACCCAGUCUGGCAUUAAAUAAUCAUUGUUCUGUUCUAUGAGUCUUUGUGAAUGGAUGAUGCAUUCUUUCAAAAAACAGUUGCAGUGGGCCUGUCUAGUUCGACCUUGCACUGGAAAAAUAAUGCCCCUUUCUUAGCUCCUAAAUAAAUAUUUCUAUAUUAAUAUAAUAUAGAAAUUCUCAUGAAUUUCCAUACCCAACGUUUUGUUAUUGUCAGUUCUUUUAAUAAAUUCCUG